AGCAACAUAGCGCUAGCCACUGAGGAGACAGACUGACGUUAGAUAGUUGACCCUUAGCUGGCCCAUCUUCACAACUUCUAAAAAGCAACUUUUGAGCAGCACAAGUUGCCUACGGCAAUAAGAGAGGGCAACUUUUUUCUCCCAAAAAAGACCCUCCUUUAAGACACCAGUCAUGGCGUGUGGAGCCACCCUGAAGAGGACCAUGGAUUUCGAUCCUCUGAUGAGUCCGACGUCCCCGAAAAGGCGGAGGUGCGUCCCCGUGUCCCCAUCCUCCUCCUCCACAUCUUCAUCUCCCAGGAAGUACCUCCGCAUGGAGCCCUCACCAUUUGGAGAAUCCUCUUCAAGACUAACCGCAGAACAAAUCCUGAACAACAUUAAACAAGAGUAUAAACGCAUUCAGAAGAGGAGACAUCUAGACGGAGUCUAUCAACACACGGAGGGCUGCUAUUCACCUGAUUCCCCAUGUCAGUCGUCUAUUAUGAGUGGUCCCAGCAUGCAAGGGACAUCAUCUGGGGGUGUUUCUCCAACAAGGAAAGAACAACCUUUAUUCACUCUCAGACAAGUUGGAAUGAUCUGUGAACGCCUGCUGAAAGAAAGGGAAGAGAAGGUGCGGGAAGAAUAUGAGGAGACAAUGACUUCAAAAUUGGCUGAGCAAUAUGACACCUUUGUGAAGUUCACACAUGACCAAUUGAUGCGAAGAUUUGGAGAACAACCUGCAAGCUAUGUUUCCUGAGUGUGUCACAGAAUCUCUUCCAGACAUUUUCUUGCUGCAAGCUAUUGAGUGAUGUCUAAAGAAAGAAGCCCAUCAAUGCAAGAGAUUCGGUUUAGCUUGUAAAAAUUAAAAUUUUCUUACUGUGCCAUAUUUCUGUCUUUGGGCAAAGGUUUAUAUGAAGCCAGUCAGUGGUUACCACUCUGUUGUAAGCAACUAGGUGCUUCCCAAUGUAAAUUUAUGGACCCCAUCUACCAGUGGCCUGUUUCUCCUGCUGUAUGUGUAUCUACAGUUAUUACUUUUAUAAAAAUGCCCAGCAUUCCAAACUUCAUUGUUUGAUUUCUUUGUUACAUGUAUAUAUGAUAAAGCAAUGUAAAAUUGUACGUAAGGUUUGCUGGUCAAUCUGUGAGCAAGUGGAAAACACACAUUGGUAUAUCAAUUUGCGGUUUGCCACCCCAGGUCAUGUUUUAGACCAGAGCAUAAAUUUUUUUUCCUCCUAAUCAUGGUUUUAUUUAUUUUGACAUUUACAUGUAUUACUUUCAAGCCAAUGUACUUUGUGGAAAACAAUAAAGUGUUUA